AUGUUUUGGGAAGGAAUUCAGCUACCGCCAGACAUUGAAGAUGUAAGACGUGAAUUCAUUUGCAUUUUCGCUCAGUCCACUCCACUUUCCGAUGUUCUAGACGAUGAUUAUAUUCUGCAACGCUGUCGAGAGCGCUCCACUAGUCUAAUAAGCUACCUCUCAAAAUCGGAAAGAAUAAACGAGCUGAUUGAUUUGGUGACGGACCAGUCCAAUAUUCGGUUCGAUGUUGAACGUUUUAAACGACCAUCAGUAGCUGCGGAGAUCCUUUCGAGUGAUGUCCCCCAAUUAUUGGACUUCCUUGUCUCGUCUGGACAGGGAGCAGUAUCGUCGAACGAGCACUCGAACGAACAGACCGAAACUUCGAAGCCUCACCGGAUGCCAUUUGUGGAUAACUUAUUAUCAUUCCUCGACCCUCCAGCGUCAUUAAAUCCCCUGUCAGCAAGCUUCUUUUCCAAAAUCCUCAUCAAUCUCUUGUCUUUUCGUGCUGCCGAACUCGUGCCUUACCUAAAAGCCAGGUCGGACUUUUUUCCCAACAUUCUGCAGCAUCUUGACACCUCGGCCAUUAGCGACCUCCUGGUUGAGUUAGCACAGCAAGACAAUGGUCAGCAACAUGUAGUUGCCAAGGUAAUUCCAAAUCCCUAG